UGUAUUAGUUCAUUGAAGACCGUGACACAGAGAUGACGAAAUUCUCAUUUGUCUAUCUGCUGGGGGCCCUGCUGCUCUGCUCAGGCAUUUCAGAAAAUCAGACUGUAAUGGCUCAUGAUGACCAUCAGAAUCCUGUGAAGGAGAAAGAGUUCAGUCAACAUGACAACAAAGCAAUGGAUGACAAACAGGGUGUAUUUUGUGGUGUUUGCAAGACUAUCAUUACAAAAGUGUUGAAUAGUAUUGGAAAAGCAUUUUCUAAGAAUGAUAUUGAUCAGCAGCUAAACACAAUCUGUGAAAAAACAAAAAUACCUUUUUGUAAAAGAUUUCUGCAGAAAUAUAAAACCAAACUCAUCAAUGCUCUUCUCUCUGGAGACAAUAAUCGGACCAUCUGUAUCAAAUUAAAAUUAUGUAAACAGAUGUACAUGUAAUAAAUACAGUGAAUUUAUUUAAGAUGUGUGUGCUUUUGGGCGCCUAAAUUUGUGCUUUUGUUUAUUUGUGCAUUGCCAAUUACUACACAUGAUUAGAAUGAUCAUUAUGGAACGUGUCUGAAAGCCCCAGGUUUGCCUCAAACAAUUUUUUAUGACAAUAAAUUG